AUGAAACAAAAACCAACACAUAAAGUGACGGGUAAACCACUUUCAGAAAUAAGCUUCCACAAGUCAAAGCAUGGCAAAACUCGCAAAACGAGACCACGACAACAACCAGCUGUGGUUGUGACGAUUGACGAGGAAGAGGCCUUAAGGCGGCUGAAAAAAGUAUGCCCAGAUGCUUGCAUAAUCUUAAAGAAUGACUCGGAUACGGACACAGCAUCAGAUGACGAGGACAUGCCACCAAUCCUUGUUAGGGAACACAAGCUCAGUAAGGAGAAACUGUCGGCAGAAGAAGUAACGCGGGAAUGCCAGAACAUCAUGGCUGACUUCAAAGUAACGCCAGUGCAGGCCAGUAACCUUGAAAACAUGACUAGAGGCUAG